AUGUCCCUAACUCCCUCAAACAUCUCAUCCGACCUGACCCACCUCCUUUCCCUACCCGCGACAACACUACCAUCCCUACUAGACACUUCUUCUUCCUCAUCCCCCAAUCCUGGCCUUCCAAAGUCCACUUCUGGGACCGAGCAGGGAUCCAUCGACGUACUCAACAAUUUCUCGCCAUCUCAAGCAAACCUUGAAGAUAGUCAACGAUUAAUAAAAAGCUAUAUACGGGAGAUGCAUAACAGUCAGGAGUUAGAGAAGAGUGAGGAGAUUGGUAGGCUCGGUGAGAGGAUUGAUGGGCUGAGGGAAAGAGGUCAGGGGCUGGAAAGUACUUUGAGCGAGGUAAAAGUAUAG